CAAGUUAAUGGCCUAAUUACGCGAAGGUCCAUUUUUCCUCCCUCAGUGCGACUAUCUUCCCGUCUCUUCCCGUGCACAGAGAGAAGGGGCAAAGGGAUGAUGGGUCGAAGGAUCAUGUCACUGCUGAAGAGCAGAGCCGCCGCGGCACCGUCACUACUAGCACAGGCCAAGGCGGCAGAAGAAGGAAAAACAAAAUCAUGGGGUUUUAAAGUGGUUUCAGGGGCAUUAAUUUGUUUGACAGGAGGCGUCGCUUUGAGUGCACUUGAUGAUCUCGCCAUUUACCAUGGCUGUAGCAGCAAGGCAAUGGAGAAAGCCAGUAAGAACCAGGCAAUAAUUGAUGCCAUUGGUGAGCCUAUUGCAAGAGGUCCUUGGUACAAUGCAUCACUAGCAGUAGCUCACAAACGCCAUUCUGUAUCAUGCACAUUUCCUGUUUCUGGACCACAAGGCACAGGAAUAUUUCAGUUGAAAGCAGUUCGUAAUGGAGAGGGUGCUUGGUUUUCAUUUUUACGGCCUCAUAACUGGGAAAUCCUCAUUAUGGAAGCUCUACUCCAUGUCCCCGGAAAUGAAGAGAAGCAACAAACAUUUCGGAUUAGCGUUUCUGAUUACCCUUCUCCUUCAGCUUGCAAGUGGAUGCCAUCCACUGAUUGCGGGUGUCCACAAUCAGAAAAUUUAGAGAAGAAAUAAUAUCAGUCCUGUUAUCAAACAAAAAUGAAAACUCAGCCUUAAAUGUGUUAGAAGUUUCUUUUACUUUGUUUUUGUUCCCCGAUUUCGUAUUAACUUUUCUCCUCAAACUUUCUAAGAGCAAUGUGGAGGAACUCUGUAGUAGAGGAAAUGGUGUUCAUACCUCUAUCGGAAAUUUUGCACAUUUAUAUAAUAAUCCUAGUGACAAUUGUGUU